AUGUCGAUUGAUUCAGCUCUCACCACCUCCUUCAUGGUGUUCGUAUCUGUUGUAGGAACCGCUGGAAAUUUAUUGGUCAUUGUCGCCAUUCUUUACAAGCGAAGGCUAAGAACAAUUCCCAAUUAUUUUAUCUUUGAUUUGGCUGUAUGUGACUUGCUGACAGUCUCCCUGGCUGUUCCUUUACGUCUUGUAGAAGCGUUUCAGCCGGGCCUCAUUCCUUGUGGUGUUGUCAUAGCAGUGAAUAUUCUCUUCGAUGGAUUAUCAAGGAUAAACAUCGUUUUUAUCAGCAUUGACAGACUUACAGCUGUGAAAUUUCCUUUCAAAUACAAUUUGUACAUGACAAACAGAGCUGUUGCUGUUUUUGUGGCAAGUGGAUGGACUAUCGUGACACUUUUUGCAAUUUUACCGAUUGUGGGCGUCGGCUCAGCUCCCGAAGAAGUCCUUCGCCACAAUCAUGGUUUAUGCUUCUUCUCAACAAAUUUAUCCACUUCGUAUUUGCUAACGUUUCUGAUUGGUUUCUGUUUGUUGCCGUUGAUAUUGGCUACAUCAAUCAACUGCUUUCUUCUCAAAGCCAGCCACAGGCAAUUGCGGGUCAUUCACGUACAACAAGUGCAGGUGGAAAAUAGUGUUAACACUUACUACCGUAAUGUCAGCGCAAUGUUAUUCAGCGGCAGAAAUCAACCGGCAAGUACAGGGCAGUACAACAGGACAUUCGCCCUUAAACAAAAGCGAGUUGCAAGGAUGGUCAUAAUUUUGGUGGGGUUUUUUAUAGUCCUUGUUCUGCCUAUCACAAUAAUUGAUCUUGUCGGAGCAUUUGGAGUAUCUAAAGUGCCGCCUGCAGUCACUAAAAUUGCUGUUUGUAUGAUAUACACAAACGCAAUGAUAAACGUUUUUGUUUACGCGGGCUUUAACGGAGAGUUUCAAAGAACUUUUGUUGAGAUGUUUCAAGCGGGUAAGGCAAAAUUCCGUGCUCUAGUAUCUCUCUAG